UAUCGAUCUCUAACUCAAACCGGUUCACGUCAAUCCGAUAUAUUCAUCAACGGCCGAGUCAUCAGACCGUUUUUUUUUUAUUGGGAAUUUGAAUUGAGAAAUUCACCGCGACAUGGCGACACGUAUAUCCAUUAUAGUGUUUAUAACACUAUUGGCUUACGUAUGCAAUACAGGAGCCUUUCCAUCUAAACAACUUAACUGUCCAGAAGAAUGCGAUUGUCAUUACUCCAGAAUUAACUGGGUGACAGACUGUUCGAAAAGUAACUUGGUAUCCAUGCCAUAUAAAGAAAUCGACAGAAAUGUCUACGUACUUUAUAUGAACGGAAAUCUCCUAAAAGAAAUCGAACCGUUCCCAGCCAAUAUCAAACUUAGGACAUUACAGUUGUCCGAAAACUUUUUAACGAAAAUUCAUAAAACAACGUUCGCUGGACUUCGUUACUUAGUAGACAUAAACUUGUCGUCUAACUUGAUCAAUUAUAUUGAUCCUCAAGCAUUUGUGGAUAGCGCUGGAUUGAUUACGUUAGAAUUACAAGGAAAUCCAUUGAAACAAGUUGAAGGUCCAUUCUUAAACUCCAAGUCUUUGCUGAACCUAUACCUGGCGAACAGUCAUCUAACAAAAUUAUCACCGCAUUUUUUCGCCAAAAUCAGAGGUCUAAACAAACUUGAUAUUUCUGGAAACCCUCUUCAUAUCAUUGAACCAGGCACAUUUGAUCCUCUUACAAGUUUAAAACAUUUAAUUCUAAAUAACUGCAAUCUUACACACAUAUCGAGCGUAGCUUUUAGUAGUCUCGGUGACCUGACGAUAUUGGAAUUGGCUGGAAACAAUCUUAAAAAUCAUGUUGACUGGACUUUAAUACUGGGUAAUUUAGGCAGAUUGGAACAUCUCGAUUUAAGGCAAUCAGGUAUAUCAAAUUUUCCCGACAAUGUAUUUUUCAAGAAUAAAUGGCUAAGAAGUCUAGUGUUGGCUGAAAAUGAAUUAUCUUAUCUUGACGUGGCUACGACUUUGGGUCACAAUUUAGUUCAUUUAGAUUUUCUAGACCUCAGUUAUUGUCAUUUAAAAGGACCUUUAUCUAAAGACGCAUUCGCUAAUGCAACAAAAUUACGUACCCUCAUAUUAUCUGGAAACGAUUUUUCUGCAGAAGAUUUAGCAGUAGCUUUAUCACCUUUAUUAAAACUAGUGAAACUUUCAUUAAGUGACUGUGGAUUGACCAAGUUGCCUGCUAACACUUUCCAUAAAUUUACUAAAUUACAUGAAUUGGACAUAUCAAGAAAUCCUUUAAGCAAUACCUUUACAGCACUUUUAUCUCCGUUGGAAUCAUUGGAACAUUUAGAUAUGGGUUACAGUAACUUGCAAAGAAUAUCCAAAACGACUUUCUCAAAGAUGUCUGCUCUAAAAACGCUUAUUUUGUCUGGAAAUAAACUUAAAAGCCAAGAAUUAGGUGUAUUUCAAAAUCUUACGCGUUUAGAAAUAUUAGAGUUGAAUAAUUGUGGAUUAAGUCGUCUAAAUGAUAUAGUGUUCUAUGAUAACUUUACAUAUCCAAACUUGGAAGAGUUAAGACUUUCAGGCAAUCCUCUUCAAGUUCCCGAAGAAGGAGCAAUACUGCCACCUCAAUUAUCAGGUUUAAAGAAUUUGGACAUGAGUAAAUGUAAUUUAAGUAAUUUACCUAUUGACGCUUUCACUACAACGCCCAACAUUAGCCAGUUGUUAUUGAACGAUAAUAAUUUAAAGAAUGACGAAGAAGGGUCUAUGAAGUUUUUAGAAACGCUGACUAGGUUGGAACAGUUGGACUUGAGUUUCAAUAAUAUCACGGCAAUCAAUCCUGAUAAAUUCGGGUAUAACUAUCAACUUACGUCGUUACGACUGGUUGGUAACCCUUGGAAAUGCGAUUGUUAUGUUGUGGAUAUGUGGCAAUGGGCAGCGUUGUCCACAGGAAACAUAGACGUGUUGGUAGAUUCCAGAAGACUGGAGUGCAAUUUCGAUCCCAAAAGCACGCCUAUUAAGAAAGCCAAACUGACAAGACCCGGAAGUGAAAUCACAACUAGUGUACAACGUACGUGGGUCUGGUAUGUGGGCGAGGCGAAUUGUCCAUACAGACCAGUGGCAGCAAGACCAGCCAGGAUUGUUACCAGAGAAAUUCACGAGUAUCAGCCGAUGUUGUCAGAAAUUGAAACCGAAACGCAAAACAAAUGGUUACCUCUAAUAAGCUUCUGCGCUAUUUUGUUAUUAGUUUCAGUAGUUAUGAUGAUUGUGUUAGUAAAACGUAAAUAA